AUGAACAUGGAUUUAAAAGACUUUGUAAGCAUGGUAAUUGUGUCUAUUCUAUCAAAUAUCUGAUACAUGGUAGUAGUUCCCUUUGUACCCCUUGAAUUUAGUAGAUAUGAUAUCAAGCCAUCCACUUUUGGGUACAUAUUUGCAAUAUUCUCUGUUGCUGCAAUGAUUGGUUCUCUUGUCAUUGGUAAACUCAUGAUCAUCUUCGGUAGAAAAGUCAUCCUGCUUCUCGGAAUCUGCUCCAUGGGAGUCUGCAUGUCGGUGUUCUCAUCAAUUGCCUACUUCGAGAACUCUACUCUGGUCGUGUUGAUGUUGCUAGCUUCAAGAUUUUUACAAGGGUUUGCAUCCAGCAUGAUCCAGACGACGUGUUACGCAAUCAUCUCAGUUUGCUACGACGAAGACAAGCAGAAGUAUCUUGGGUAUUUCGAAGGAGCUCAGGGACUUGGAUGCAUGAUAGGGCCAGCCAUUGGAGCAAUUCUGUACUCAUUCUAUGGAUUUAAUGGGACAUUUUACUUCCUCGGAGGUUCAUUGGUGCUGAUGUGCCCUUUGCUUUAUUUUCAAAUUCCUAACACAAUUAAUAAAAACGAUGACUUGGAAGAAGAUAUGAUCAAUGAUGAAGUAAUAUUAGACAAUAAUCAAGUCAUUCAAGAUGUGCCUACUUAUACUAGCUUAUUAAAGAGAAAAGUGUUCUUGUUAUCAGCACUAUGAGGAGGGCUAUCUUAUGCAUCUGUUUGUUACUUUGAACCUAUCUUGCCAAUUCGAUUAAAAGAUGUAGGACUUUCUCAAACUGCUAUUCUCUAUUUCUUUUGUAUUGCUCCUUUCUCUUAUUUACUAUUAAGCCUAACUAUUCCUUAUUUAACGAGUAAGUUUACUCCAAAGAUGAUCAUAACUACUACAAUCUUCUUAUGAGGAAUUGGUCAGUUCUUCAUAGGGCCAAGUCCCUUUUUACCAGACAACUUAUUUUUGAUGGCUUUUGGUCAAUUCGCUCAAGGAUCUACGAGCAUUUUCUUCCUUAUUCUAGCCUUGCCAGUUAUGAUCAAAGAUGCUGAAGAUAGGUAUCCAACCUAUAAGACAUAUGCUUCAGAUUUAUCUUCAGGAGUGUUUAACUUUAGUUUAUCCCUCGGUCAGACUUUGAGUCCAAUUUAUUCAACAAAUCUCACAGAAAUUAUUGGGUUUCAAAAUGUGUGCACUACAGUAGCAAUAGCCUUCAUUGUUUAUUCACUGAUCUAUUACAUCUUUUGAAUCGCUAUAGUAGAAGAACCGAAAGAAAUAGAAUGAGAAAUUGAGCUGGAGAGUCAAGGAGAUGAAUUACUAAAGGAGAAAUCUUGUCAGUCAAGCAAAGGAUAGAUUAGCUCAAUUAAGCUUUCACGGUAAAAUAUUGAUAUAAGACUUCGUG